AUGCACGUGAUCGAUUCUUGUUCGUUCCACUUUCUCGCCUAUCUUUCCCGAAUCUUUCUUUCUUUCCAACUCAGAACCUUUCUCUCUCUUUUUCUCUCUGUUCUCGAUCUUUUUCUUCGACAUCCCUGUGCCAGUAAUUCUCUUUGUUCGGUUCAUGCGUUACGAUCAGCAUUUCUUGACAUUCUUGUCUCUAGAUUUUGUCUUUCUUCGAAAAGAUCAAUAAGCAUGAUUAGGUUCUCUUUUGUCCAUUCCUGCAUCCCAGUUUUCUCUUUAUUACUUCCUGCUUUCCAAUUUUACCUUCCUUUAGAGAUUCUUUCUGCAUUAAUACAAACAUUGCCUUUUCUUCCUUUUUUACGUUCUCGAUUUUCUACUCGCCAUAUUAACUUCAUCUUUUUCUCUUCCUAUCAUUGCUUCUUUUUUACUUCGUUCUCUUUUUCCCCUUUCUUUCUUUCUUUCUUUCUUUAUCCUUCAUUUUUAUUUGUUCUUUUCUUCUCCUUUUUUAAUUCCUCAAAUUGUUCGCUUUCUUUUUCUUACCUGCAUUGUUGUUCUAUUAUUGACAUUCUUACGUUUAUUUUCCAGUUCAUGAGUUCCUUUCAGUGUUUAGUUUUCUUUUUAUCUCUGUCUUUUUUAUUGAUGCCAAUCCAGCUUUCUUCUAGAGAGUUUCUUUUCUUUCUGUUCUUUUUCGGUUCAAAUCCCUCAGAUUAUUUGUUCACGUUUCUUAAUCUGUUUCAUUCUUCAUUUAAUUUCUCUUUCAUAUUCGUUCUCUGUUCUCCACUAUUAACCCCUCUUAUAAUAUAUUUCUUCCCCCGGUUUAAUUCUCCUCUUUCCUCUCUUCUUUUUAAUUUGUUUUCAUUUUCUUCUUUGUCACUUUUUUUCCUUUUCAUUUUUUCAUUCUUUUUAUUUUUUUCAUUCUUUACCAUUUCUUCUUUGUCUCAUUUCUUCUUUUUCAUUUUUUAUUUCUUUUUCAUUUUUAAUUCUUUUUAUUUUUUCAAUUUUUCAUUCUUUUCCACUUCUUCUUUGUCAAAUUACUUCAUUUUCAUUUUUUCAUGUCUUCAUUCUUUUCAUUUUUUUAUGCUUUUCAUUUUCUUCUUUGUCCCAUUCCUUGAUUUUCAUUAA